AAAGUUUCGCGCCAAUUUGUAAACACGUGAACAAAACAAAAGAUGGCAGGGUUCGACGAAGGUGGAGUUUUCUUCAGCGAUAACUUUGGAUCUGAGGAGCAAACAGACGAUAAUCAAAUCAACAGACAACAAGUGAAGAAACGUUUGAAAGAUUUCAUCCGUCAGUUUCACGAGGGAAACUUUUCUUACACUUACAGAGACCAGCUGAAACGCAAUUACAACUUGGGACAAUAUUGGCUAGAUGUUGAAAUAGAGGAUGUCUCCAGUUUUGAUGAAGCUCUGGCAGAAAAGUUGUCCAAGCUUCCUACAGAACACCUGCCUUUGUUUGAGGAUGCUGCCAAAGAAGUUGCUGAUGAAGUAACACGCCCUCGACCAGAAGGAGAAGAGGAUGUCUACGAUAUUCAGGUCAUGUUGUCAUCGAAUGCCAACCCCUGUGGACUGCGAGACCUCAAGUCCGCACAGAUGGCAAAGCUGGUUAAGAUCCCAGGAAUUAUUAUAGCAGCAUCGGCCAUCAAAGCUAAAGCCACCCGACUGACAAUUCAAUGCAGGAGCUGUAAGAACACACUGAAUAACAUCCCAGUGAAUCCUGGUCUGGAGGGGUACGCACUGCCAAGGAAAUGCAACACUGAACAAGCCGGAAGACCUAGGUGUCCAGUGGACCCAUUUUACAUUGUUCCGGACAAGUGCAAGUGUGUCGAUUUCCAGGUCCUUAAACUGCAGGAGGCUCCAGAGGCUGUGCCAAAUGGAGAAAUGCCAAGACAUAUGCAGCUAUAUUGUGACAGAUACAUGUGUGAUAAAGUUGUACCUGGUAACAGAGUAACUGUGGUGGGAAUAUAUUCAAUCAAAAAGACAGGAAAACCCACUAAAGGAGGUGGCAGAGACAAAGUGAAUGUUGGAAUCCGAAGCCCGUACUUCCGGGUCCUGGGGAUCAAGGUGGACAGUGAUGGGUCAGGAAGAGGAGGGGCAGCCCCCAUCAGCCCCACAGAUGAGGAAGAGUUCAGAAGGAUGGCUAAUGAUCCUAACAUUUAUGAAACUAUAGCCAGAAGUAUUGCACCAUCUAUUUAUGGUAGUCUGGAUAUCAAAAGGGCUAUUUCAUGCCUCUUGUUUGGAGGUUCUAGAAAGAGACUACCAGAUGGUUUGAUGAGAAGAGGUGAUGUUAAUCUCCUGAUGUUAGGAGACCCAGGUACAGCCAAAUCUCAGCUUCUGAAGUUUGUUGAGAGGUGCUCUCCUAUCGGUGUGUACACGUCUGGCAAAGGUAGCAGUGCAGCUGGUCUGACCGCCUCGGUCAUGAGGGAUCCCCAAACGAGAAACUUUGUAAUGGAGGGAGGAGCAAUGGUAUUAGCCGAUGGGGGAGUGGUGUGUAUUGACGAGUUUGACAAAAUGAGAGAAGACGACAGAGUUGCCAUUCACGAAGCUAUGGAACAACAGACCAUAUCAAUUGCAAAGGCUGGAAUCACGACGACUUUGAACUCGAGGUGCUCGGUGCUGGCUGCAGCUAACGGUGUGUAUGGACGUUGGGACGAGACCAAGGGAGAAGAGAACAUUGACUUCAUGCCCACCAUUUUAUCUCGAUUUGAUAUGAUAUUUAUUGUAAAAGAUGAACACAAUGAGGCCAGAGAUAUGACUCUAGCAAAGCAUGUCAUGAAUGUGCACUUAAAUGCUCUCCAAAUGACAGAAGAACAUGCUGAAGGGGAAAUUGACCUAAAUACCCUGAAGAAGUACAUUCAGUAUUGUAGAACGAAAUGUGGUCCCCGUUUGUCUCCAGAAGCAGCAGAGAAACUGAAGAAUAGAUAUGUUUUGAUGAGGAAUGGAGCUGGUGAAUAUGAAAAAGAAACUGGCAAGAAGAUAACCAUUCCCAUCACUGUCAGGCAAUUGGAAGCCAUCAUCAGAAUGUCUGAAUCUUUGGCCAAGAUGAAGCUCAAACCAUUUGCGUCGGAGAGGGAGGUGGAUGAAGCCCUGAGGCUGUUCCAGGUGUCCACACUAGAUGCUGCCAUGUCAGGCAAUCUGUCUGGUGUUGAAGGAUUUACUACAGAAGAGGAUCAGGAGCUAUUGUCUAGAAUAGAGAAACAGAUCAAGAGACGAUUUAUUAUUGGAUCUCAAGUUUCCGAACAUGCAAUCAUUCAGGACUUCACAAGACAGAAAUACCCAGAGAGAUCCAUUCAGAAAGUCUUGCAUUUCAUGUUGAGAAGAGGAGAGAUUCAACACCGCAUGCAGAGGAAAAUGUUGUAUCGAGUGAAGUGAUGGAUCGUGAAUUCAUUUAUAUGAAAAACAUUACAUUUCUAAUGAUACAAUGGACUUUAAAAUUUUAAGAUGCAAGUAUUGAUGGGAAUCGGUUAACUACAUGUCUAUGAAUAGACUCUUGCUCCUGAAUAUGUAGUGAUAAAAUGUACAGAUUAAUAACAUAAAUUAUAUGUAUGGA